AUGUACAAGAUGCACUGGGGCCAUGAAUCCAUGCAUGUGGAGAUGAUCUUGAUCUUUCUCUGUGCCCUGGUCAUUGCCCAGGUAGUGCUGGUGCAGUGGAGACAGAGGCAUGGCCGGUCCUACAACAUGGUGACCUUGUUGCAGAUGUGGGUUGUCCCUUUGUAUUUCACAAUAGAACUUUACUGGUGGCGGUUUCUGUCUGUGUGGGGAAUGUUCUCAGCUAUCACCAGUUAUAUCCUCUUCAGAGCCACCCGAAAACCCCUCUCACGGAGAACACCACGAUUGGUCUACAAAUGGUUUCUUCUAAUCUACAAGCUCAGCUAUGCUUUUGGUGUUGUGGGUUAUUUGGCUAUCAUGUUUACAAUGUGUGGAUUCAAUUUAUUUUCCAAAAUCAAAGCUAGCGAUUGCAUGGAUUUUGGCAUUGUGUCUUUGUCCUAUGGCCUCUACUAUGGAGCAAAGGGGAGAGACUUCACUGAGACUUGCUCAGAUUACAUGGCUCCUACUAUAGGGUUCUACAGUGUCACUGGGAUGCCCACAAGGAGCCUGUCAGACAAUAUUUGUGCCAUCUGUGGGCAGAAGAUCAUUGUGGAGCUCAAUGAGGAAGGGCUCAUUGAAAACACCUGCCAGCUUUCAUGUAGUCAUGUCUUUCAUGAAUUCUGCGUCCGAGGUUGGUGUAUCAUCGGUAAAAAGCAGACUUUCCCUUACUGCAAAGAGAAGGUAGAUUUGAAGAGGAUGAUCAGUAAUCCCUGGGAGCACACACAUUGUUUGUACGGACAAAUUUUGGAGUGGCUUUGUUACUUGGUGGCCUGGCAACCUGUGGUGAUAGGAAUAGUUCAAGGCAUUAACUAUUCUCUAGGACUGGAAUAGUACUGCAAACCUACCCCAGAAGCAAUGUAUUGCAUGAUUGAAACAUCUUAAAAUCCUUGGUCCUACAUUUAAUAUUGAUAUUCUUUUUUAAUUUUAGAGAUGCUCCUAAGAGUUAAGAAAACUAAGUAAAAUUUGGUGUCAUGCUUAAAGCAGUUUGUCUAUGUGGAAUGAAUUUAAAGAGAAGCUGAACAGUGGAAUAAACAAAGCGUGCUUUUUCAUCUUUCUUAUUACAAGUGUUUUCUAACCCAUGUAUGCAACACAUUUGUUACACUCCAUUGUGGACAUUCCACCUCCAGUUUGGCUGAUAAUGAUCUCUUCUGUUAAGUGUUUCAGAGGCUUACAAAGUACUCUCACAUACGACUUUUAGUUAUAAUUAAUACCUUUUCAUCGGUUCAACAUCUUCAAAGAAGUAGGUAGAAUUGUCAAGUAAUCUAUGGCUUAAGGAUAUCGUCUUUUCUGCCCUCUGUGCUUGUCACCACAUGGCUGCUUUGGCACCACAAAGCCCUUCUAUUGCAGAGGGGAUUACUCUCAAAGCCUCUGGCACAGGGUGCCAUGCCUACUCAGUGGGCCACAGCUACUCUGGGGUGCCUGGCACUACCAAAUGCACUCAACCUAUCCAAGGUCUGCACUAAAGAGGAAAGAAUCAGUCUCUUCUUUUGUGCCGCUCUGUUCACAUCCACACACACACACACACUCCCAUGUGCAUGCACAAGGACAUGCUCAAUCAUUCUAUUGCAGGACUCUGCUUUUAUUUUUUUUAUAGCAUUUAUCAAUACCUGGAAUCAUAUCAUAAAUUUAUUUGUUUAUUGUCUGUCUUCCACUCUAUGAAGGCAAGGAAUUUUAUCUGUUUUGCUCCCUACUAUAUCCCCAGAACUUAGAGGAGUGUCUGGCACAUAAUAGGAACUAAAUAAAUACCUGUUGACAGAAUAAAUUAAUCUGGCAGAAGGGAACAAAAUUAACUGGAAGACCAGUCAGAAAGAAUUAACCCAAGAAUGAUAUGUUGGUCUCCCAAAAUUA